AUGGCGACCAACCUGUGCUGUACAGCGGAGCAGGACGAUCGUUCAGGUUCGCCUGAGCUGCCCAACGCCCGCGUCAGCCAGCCCACACCAGUGAACCGGCCACUGUUACGCAAAGGCACUAGUUCACCAAGCUCACGAUUCACAAGUGCCCGUUCUGAAGACCUCCAUGAGCUCCAUGAAAUCUUCCACAAUGCACAAGAUUCCGACGAAGAUCGAGCUAUGCCGAUGCGGGCGCUGCGUGCACGCUUCAGUCGCCCCUCAAUGCAUAGCAUCCGCAGUCUACACAAUAUGACGAGUAUGCGUUCCCUUAUGAGACGAAAAUUUUCGAAAGAGCUUCCCAAGAAGGUCUUCGGUGCUCCCUCGGUACACGACCAGCCAAAGCAGAGAUGCAUCACAUCUACCCCCGACACUGUAGUCAAGCAGCUGAAAGGCGGCCCGAACCAGCAGCUUCAAAUCACUAAAGACAUGCUACGCAAAGAUCUACUUAGUGACAAGAAGCCGGACGAAGGAGGAUAUGAUCCAGACGCUGAAGUCCUUGACGACAUUGCAAAGAACAUGGGCAAGAAAUCGCCAAGCAAGAGGCCGAGCAUCCACAGCGUCGACUGGACGACGACCACCGGAAGUAAAUGCACGCCUGAGUCCUCUACCAAAGGCUGCACCAGUGCCGAGCUCAAGCGCGAUCUCUACCCCUACUGUAUCAACAAGCCACAGGCCGUUCCUUUGUCAAGCCGCUUUAGUCAAGUGUUCAGCACGCCGAACCUAAGAUCGAGUACAUCUGGUGAACGAGAUCGCAGAGUGCGACGCUCGCAUUCGGCUACAUCCAUGGGUCUGCCGAAACCUUCGCCAAUCUCACCGUUACGGCUACCAAGCCUUACCAGCCACGACCUUACUGGUAUGCCACGGUCUGAGGUUAUGCAUGCGAGUCUUCGUCUUUCACAAUUUCCCGUGCCUCCACGUUAUCUCAGUCCCAACGCAUCUACAACCACUUUGAGCAAAGACGGACAUCUCAAAGACAGCCAUGGUCGACACCAAAAGCAGGAUAGCACCGCCUCAGCAUCGCCACAACGAGCAUCUGAGCCCUUUGAUACUCUUUCUGCUCGUAUGGUUGAGAUCCGGGUUCAGCAGCCUACUUCCAUUGCAAGCCCCAGGCCAUCUACAUCUAUUAGAGGCGCUCCCCGUGAGAACUCGUCGUCCAAAGAAGGCGGAAAAGCGGAAGAAGGAAAGGAAGAUGGAGAUGAUGACAACCCACGUCGCUCUGUUCAUCUUUACAGCAUGCGCAUCUCGCACCAUCUACGCUCAGGUUCUCUUCUUUCUUGGGAUCAGCUUGCCGACGCACCAGACCUCCCAACGUCACCUCGUAUAUUCCGGGAACGUACUGUUUCAGACCAGAGCCGAAAUCCGCCACGAAACCAACAACUUGCCCGCCAUGAACGGCAAACAUCGAGCUCUGGCUUUGCAAGCACAAAAGUACCGAGCAAGUGGGGCAAUGUCUUAUCCUAUGACCUCGAUAUGCGGCCAGAUGUUACUUCCUCUAUCUAUUCGAGUCGACCACGGAGCCCACCUGAUAGCUAUGGAGGAUCCGUGGUGAACUUGUCGCGUACCAGCACUGAAAACCAAGCCUUCAGUAUCUCAUCCUCUGACCUACGACGGCCUCGACAUUCCGCUUCUUUUCCUACAGACAACGAAGAUACACCGAGACCAGCCAAACGACAUGGCGUGAAUGGCCUUGGAGCUGUGACCGGCAACGCGAUCGAACCCUCAUUCCUCGCCGUGCCGGUGCCACUAGCACGCAACAACAGCAUUGCCGAUACCAAAACCUCCAAAUUUCGGGAAGAGUUCGGUCCAUCUCCACCAAAGAAAAAGAUGACGCAAUCAGCAUCCAUCAUCAAGUUUCUGAAUCCGAAGCGCCUGAAUUUGCGCAGCCAGAGUGAAUCGAAUCUUUAUCCUGAAGCUUCAGUAGCCGCUAUGGAUGGUCCAUCAGAUACGCUGGCGAUGUCUGUUGAUCACGAACGUCGUACGUCUCGAUCAUUGGUAAGCUUGCAGGUCCAACAGGACGCGCUCGGGAAGAAUAAGGGUGCCAAUCAUGUAUGGGAUCGCGCGUUGCAAGCUCACCAAGAAGAGAAAGCAUCUCUUUUCUUCCCCAAGAACAGAGAUCUUGCCAUUCAUGCGAGCCCCUUCCGCGAACGUAGCGCAAGCGUUUCUGUUAGACGAGUCAGCGUUGAAGGACUAGAUCCAACCAGCCGAGCUGACGAUGGGUCGAGCACGCGGGUGUCGACACUGUGCCCGACCCUUCAAACACCCGAUGACGAGCGAUCUGAUGGGCUUUUCACCUUGGUAUCCCGACGUAGCGCUUGGACGGGGCGCGAUGAUGCUAGUGCUGGGCAAGAAGUAGCGGCUGCAUUCGAGCGACAAGGCGACGGUACAGAAAUCAUUGGGGCUUGGGGCAGUUAUCCUUCGCAUACGCGCCAUGACCGCACCGCGUCUGCAGGUAAGGCAGAUAACGUUCAGCCUCGCGACUUUGCUCUUGAGGCGGCGAUAAAAUUUGCCUCGGCGACAGACGAUGAGGAUUUAGUCGACCCAACAGAGCGAAGACUAUCUACCCCACUGCAGCCGGGUGAGAAGAGGAAAAAGAGGAAGAUUGGGAGUGGUCGCAUUGCGAAGAGCAACUCCAUGACGUUUGGCAAAACCCUCAUGAAGAACUAUGCCAAGAUGUUCAGAAGUCAGAGCACAGAGUUCCAAAGGCAUGGUCGAGGACAUCGCAGCUCUAUCGCAUCUGGUGGUAUUCUAGAACACCCUGAACUCGAGCUUUUGCCCCAUGUAUGGACGAGUGGCCCGCACAUAAGAGAUAAAGACACGCAGGAUUCAGGGGAUGAGAAAUCGGCGCUGGAAAAAGACCCUUUGAUAAAGGUCACCAGAUCUAAAGGCAGAUUGCGAGCAGACGACUCCAUGGCGACACUCCGUCCGCGUCGUAACUCCUCCGCGCCGAACCUCAACGAGAUGGCAUUUGGCGAUGGCGCUGCUGAUUCGGAGCACGCACGUGAUCGUGCACACGUUUGGUCGGUCUACUACGAGAACUGCCUCGAUACUUGUUCUCGUCUAAGUAUAGAUACCAACCGAGUCCUCGAGGGCAUUAGUCAUCCUAACCGGCUUGCAUUCGACAGCAAGCGCGCAUCUAUGCAAUCACGAGCUAUGCCUACUACCUUGCCGAAACACUCACGCAGAGUCAGUCAGAUGAGUCAGUUGAGCGAUGGAAGCUGCGCGAAAUCUUCCGUCUUCAAGGAUCAAGUUGACAGCGCUUGCGAGGAACGAAGCUUGGUCAGUGUGAGGCGAAGCACGAUGGACCUUAUUUCCAAAUUCAAAGAGCAGGAAGCUACUGAACAUGAGAGGAUCAUGGCCUUCAGUAAGAUGGAUAGCGGAAGAGCAAGAGAGAGUGUGGCGGCUAUAUGA